GAGAGCAUCAGAAAUUGAAAAGAAAACCUCUUGACAAUGCUGGUGCUUCUGACUCUUUGUGCUUUGGUUUCGCAAGCAUCCUCAAUGACGGAUCCGAUGCCCCACCACCAAGUGAUGCAAAACUUGGAUCGGAAUGCCUGCUCCCUGGUUGUGUGCGGACCAGCUGAGAAAGGGCUGCCCGGGAGAGAUGGCAGGGAUGGGAGCCAAGGCCUAAAGGGGGACAUGGGAGCUCAAGGAAUGCCUGGACCAAGAGGGAUAGUUGGUCCUCCGGGGCAAAUGGGGCUGAUUGGACCACCAGGAGAAAAGGGAACCCCAGGGGCGCCAGGAGAAAAGGGAGAUCUUGGUGAAAUGGGACCACGCGGAAUCCGAGGUUUGCAGGGGUCUCCGGGAAGCCCAGGUCCUGCCGGAGCAAAAGGUGACAGCGGCCCUCAAGGUGAAAAAGGAGUAACCGGAGAAAAAGGAUCAAUGGGAGUCACUGGUGCACCAGGUCCCAACGGCAUGACUGGCACCCCAGGACCAAAAGGAGACCAAGGGACAGUGGGCGAGAAAGGAGAAAAAGGAGAAGUGGGAGACAGAGGCUUACAAGGAGCAACAGGAAUGCCAGGGCCGAUGGGGAAAAUGGGCUCUCCUGGUCUAAAAGGAGAUAAAGGCUCUGUAGGAGAAAAGGGAACAAAGGGAGACAGCGGCAUCUCUGAGGUCAACCUUAUGAAAAACCAAGUCAGCACUUUGCAAGGGCAGCUCGCCAUGAUGCAAGCCAGUCUCGCCAAGUUCCAAAAAGUUGCGUCAUUUCCAAAUGGCCUUAUUGUGGGCAACAAAGCCCUGCUGACCAGUGGCUAUGAAGGCAACUUUGAAGAGCUGAGGCAAAGGUGUCUGCAACACGGUGGCCAGCUUGCUUCCCCCAGGAAUGCUGCGGAGAAUGCUGCCAUUCAACAGAUCGUUAUUCUCCACAACAAGCCGGUGUUUCUUGGGAUAAACGAUAUCCAGACAGAGGGGAGAUUUAAGUAUCUGAACGGCGACGCCAUCACAUACUCCAAUUGGCAGCAAGGGGAACCCAAUAAUGAAAAGGGGAGGGAGAACUGCGUGGAAAUCUUUGUGAACGGCAAGUGGAAUGACAGGUCCUGUGGGGAGAAGAGGUUAAUCCUCUGUGAAUUUUAGGCCACCCCCU